GAGCCCUCCUGGCUCUGCCCAGGAGCGACUGCAUCGCAGCGGAGCAGCAGUGCCUCUCGGACUCUGCCUGCAAUGCCACCUACAGGGUCCUGGAGAGCUGUGCCCUGGCCAAGACUCACUUCCCUCCCCUGGACCACGACAGCAAGGUCCGGUGUCUGAACGCAGAGCUGGACCUCGGAAACAGCUCUCUGCUGCACUGCAGGUGUCACCGGCGCAUGAAGAGGCAGGAGCACUGCUUACGCAUCUUCUGGACCAUUCACUCCAGCAUGACAGAUGGUUAUUUCCAUUUGGAGACCUCUCCCUAUGAGAAUCCAGCAAAUGAAGAACACUGGAAGACAGAUUACAGUAAACUGGCAGCUCUGCUAUCAGGCUCACAGUUAGCAGGAGAUGCAACAAAUCCAUGCCUGAAAGCAACUCAUGUCUGUAAUCUGAGCAAGAAGUGUGUUCGUCUGCGCACAGACUAUGCCUCUGUCUGCACCAAGGGAGCGGGACGUGAAGAUGCGUGUGACCGUCGCAAGUGCCACAGAGGGCUACGGAAUUUCUUUGAGAAAGUUCCUGAGGAUUUCACCAAAAGGAUCCUAUUCUGUCCAUGUCAAGAUGAACUUUGUGGAGAACGACGCCGGAAAACUAUUGUUCCCAAUUGUUCCUUCCAGUAUAACACCAAACCCAAUUGCCUCUGGCUGCUGGACUCCUGCUUAGAUGACCAUAUCUGCAAAUCCCGACUGGCUGACUUCCAGCAAAACUGUCAACCUGCAGACACGUCUCCAGAUGGUUGCUCUCAGCACAACCACGCUGCAUGCCUGCAGGCGUACAUGGGGAUGAUUGGCACGCCCAUGACACCCAACUACAUCAGCAACUCCAGCGUGGAGGUCUCCCUGUGGUGCACGUGUGAGAGCAGCGGCAACCAGAAGGAGAAGUGUGACCAGAUACUUGGCAUGUUUGAGAGCAACAAAUGCCUUGAAAAUACCAUUUGGUCUCAAAUGCACCUGAAGCAGACAGCUCCAGAAAGACAGGAAGACUUGUUUUAUUCAUCCUCCCUAAGCUUCCAAGGAGACAGUGCCAGCGCAUCUAUUGCGUCAGAAAUGUCCCAGGUGGCUGAAGGGAAGGCCCAGCGAGAUACCUCCAAACACAGCAGUAUGCCUAUGGCCUCCUCUGUGUAUUCUGGAGCUGCUGUUUCUUGGCCGUCUCUGGCUCUGUUCCUGCCCCUGUUGCUGAGCCCGCACUAACUUGGCAUAAAUGGCAUCUUUCCUUCCCCUGUUAUCAAUCUUAUUCCAUAUCCAGGCACCUCCCACUACUGAUU